CAAACUCGGGGAGCCGGUCUUGUGCCACAGACACACCCCCAGCCUGGAUCUCCAACCUCGGUCCUGAGCCUCAGAUACCGCCCCAUCCACAUCCCAGCCCGCCCGCUCUGCGCCAUGGGUGGGCCCCGGGUCCUGCUGGCCGCGCUAUGGGCCCUGGGGGCCGCCGGAGCCGCGGCGCUGCGCAUCGGCGCCUUCAACAUCCAGAGCUUUGGCGACAGUAAAGUGUUGGACCCGGCCUGCGGCAGCGUCAUUGCCCAAAUCUUGGCUGGCUAUGACAUCUCGCUGGUGCAGGAGGUUCGAGACCCGGACCUGAGCGCCGUGUCCGCGCUCAUGGAGCAGAUCAACAGCUUGUCCAGGCACGAGUACAGCUUCGUGAGCAGCGAGCCCCUGGGUCGGGACCAGUACAAGGAAAUGUACCUGUUCGUCUAUAGGAAGGACGCGGUGUCGGUCGUGGACACGUACCAGUACCCGGACCCGGAGGACGCUUUCAGCCGUGAACCUUUCGUGGUCAAGUUCUCGGCCCCCCGCUCGGCUGCCGGGGAGUUCGUGCUCAUCCCGCUGCACGCGGCGCCGCACCAGGCCGUGGCGGAGAUCGACGCUCUCUACGACGUGUACCUGGACGUGAUCGACAAGUGGGGCACGGACGACUUGCUGUUCCUGGGCGACUUCAACGCCGACUGCAACUACGUGCGGGAGCGCGACUGGCCGUCCGUCCGCCUGCGCAGCAGCGAGAUCUUCAAGUGGCUCAUCCCCGACAGCGCCGACACCACCGUGGGCAACUCGGAUUGCGCCUACGACCGCAUCGUGGCGUGCGGCGCCCGCCUGCGCAGGAACCUCAAGCCCCAGUCUGCCGCCGUGCACAACUUCCAGGCGGAGUUCGACCUGGACCAGGCUCAGGCCCUCGCCAUCAGCGACCAUUUUCCUGUGGAGGUGACCCUGAAGUCGCACUGAAAACCCUCAUGGCCAGGAGAACAGCCCUACAGGGUUCCUUCUGGGGGGCUGGCUAGCCCCCAGCAAGGCCGCAGGGCAGGGUUGGCUGGACAAGCGGCUACAAAACAUCACAGGACCGCCCAGUCUGUUUGUCCAUCUGUGAAAUGGGCUACUCUACCUACCUCAUAGGGUUGUGAGGAGCAGCCUGCAGAGCGCUGGGCACACGGCUGCACUCAAUAAACACGAGUGAGCGCUCAGCCAGGACCACGCUGGUCGGCUUCAAGGCCUCUGUGUCCUUUCUUAGGACUCAACCCCUCUGAGGCCCAAACUUUGGUCCUGCAGCCCAGUGGGUCCCGGGUCCCCACCCUCUAGGGGACAGGGAUGGCCCGGCCUGCCCAUUCACUCCCUGCUCAGGACGGAUGCCCUCCAGACCAGGCUGGCUCCAGAACGCUGCUCCCAUGCUUGCUAGGGGAAGCUUGUCUCUUUCUUUAUGCAAACUAUACAUGCUUCCAAGAACCCGUGCUGAGUGCAGUUGGGGAUAAACACACCUUCGGCGUUGACACGCAAGGCCAACCUCCCGGUCCCUAAUGUCCCUCCUGCCCCCCGAUUCUCGGGUCCUGCAGACCUUGCAGACACUUGUGUGUAUGAGGGGUCCUGUCCUGCCCAGC